UCUGAUACAAAAUACAAUAGCCAAAAGUGGUGGUUAUAAUCAUCAAUCUAUCGAUACUAUCGAUAUUGUUCCGCAUGUGUUUGUUAUCCAGAAAAACACCUUGAUCAUCAUCAUGUCUCGUCAAAUAUCAAAUCAUCUGGUCAGACAUGUUCCAUCAUGGACAAUGACAUCAUCGGUGAAACAACUGCAUACGACCGUACCAAUGCAAUGGGUACAGAAACAGACUAGAUUACGUGUUGUGGAUAAUUCCAAAUUGGGCCGUGAAGCUAUGACCGAAGGCAAACCAGUCAAAUGUAUUCAUGUCUACAAAAAAAAUGCCAAAAUUCAGGAUGGUCAAUUGGGCGAUAAGGUUCUGGUCACUAUCAAAGGCCAGAUGAAACGAGGUUACGUUGUUGGACUGGUUGCCGAACAACGACCAAUGAUACCGAAAUUCGAUACCAACAAUGUUGUUCUCGUCGAAAACAAUGGCAAUCCUUCGGGUACCCGCGUAGUCGUGCCGAUACCCAAUUAUCUACGUAGUAAAGGAGCCGAAUUGGCUAAAAUUGUAGCCAUUUCUAGUCGCUUUGUGUGAUAUUUUUAAAUUAUCUAAAUAAAACCCUUUUUGAAUGAUUGACAA